UCCACUGGACUUAUAAGUCCAGUAGUCCAGUUUAUAAGUCCAGUAGAGCGGACUUUUGGUCCAGAGCCCAACACUGGACUAUACAAAGUUGCUGAGAUUUUUACAAAUCGUACAAAUCUAAUGGUAUAA